UAUUUGUUGGUCAUGCGUAAACUCAGCUCCCUCCAAGCGCAUGAUUAAAGAGCCCACCCUCCCGUACUGACGUGGCAUGCUCUCAUUGGAACAUUUCGUCUCGUUGGAAUUCAUUCCAACACAGCCAAUAAACAAUAUCAGUCACACUCUUCCCUCUGUGUGUGUUUUUAGUUUUUACCUGUGUUUUUCUCUCUGCAGAAUUUUCCAAAUUUCUCCUCUAUCCUCUCUCCUCUGCUGCUGAAAUUCCCACACUAAUCAUCAGGAACGCACGAUCUUCCGUACGAAUUUGAAAGUGAAAGAAAAAAAAAAUGCUUGAAGCAAUGGAAAGUUCCAUGAACGGAGGCGUCCCGCAGUUACAGAGCUAUGGAGAUAGCAGUGAGGAGGAGCUCUCGGUGCUUCCUCGUCACACGAAAGUGGUGGUUACCGGAAAUAACCGCACGAAAUCGGUGCUCAUUGGUCUCCAAGGCGUGGUCAAGAAGGCCGUUGGACUAGGCGGUUGGCAUUGGCUGGUUCUUACAAAUGGCAUUGAAGUGAAGCUACAGCGGAAUGCUCUUAGUGUGAUUGAAGCACCCACUGGCAAUGAGGAAGAUAAUGACCUUGAAUUUGAAAACUUGUCCUGGAAUGGAUCAGAUAUGGCAUCCGACGACAGACGUAAGUCCCAUAAAUCGAGGCACAGAAUGCAUAGAUCAUUGGGAUCAUCACAUAAGACUAUGAGUAGGUCCUUGUCUGGUGAUUCACUGUCUAAGGGUUCUUCUGCUUCUACGCCGAAUGGGUCCACGGUUUAUUUAAGUAAGCUGGAGAUGGCUGCAUUGUGGAGAUAUUGGCGACAUUUUAAUCUGGUGGAUGCCGUCCCAAACCCAUCAAAAGAGCAGCUGGUAGACGUUGUUCAGAGGCAUUUCAUGUCACAGCAAAUGGACGAGUUGCAGGUCAUUGUGGGAUUUGUUCAAGCUGCAAAGAGGCUCAAGACUGUGUGCGAUUGACACAUGGUGACAUGGAACCAAAUGGAGUGAGAUGUUAUGAUAUUUUUGUAAGUUAUAGUCUAUGCUAACAGAGAUAAUGUGUGUAAUAUCCACUUCCAUUCGUACUAUGUAAUAUAUAUUGUCGGUGAUUUUAUCCUUGAUAUAGUAGUAGGUUAGUACUGAGGUUAUAGAGGUUCUUACUUUGUCGUAGCAGCCAAGUUAUGUAGAUAUAUUAUAUGAGAAAUGCUAGGGGCAUCAAAAUUUAUUAUUUUUUAUCAUCACUUAGCCAUCAACUCAAUUCAUUUAGUUUAGUAAUCCAAGAACAUUUUAUUUCAUACUUUUCAAUAUUAAUGGCUAACUGAUGGCUAAAAACAACAAAUUCUGAUGGCCUUUUAGUAUUUCUCAUAUUAUAUAUGUGACCUUGCAACUGGAUCUAUCAUUAGGGAAGUCUCCACAACUUUGUUUCCUUAAGCUUGAUUCAAUGUUCUUCUCAACUGGGAAGUGGAUUUUCUGAGACCAUAAUGUAUAUAUAUUUUAGUUCUCCUAA